AUGGAAGCUGUUCCACCAUCUCCAAUUGUAUGGCCAAACGGUGGCGAUCUCACGAACGAGUGGGUACAUGGACUUAUGUCAUCAUUCGAAUGGUCUUCAUGGAAUCUCCCUCCUUCCGAAUUACCUUCGCUGCUUCCAGUCAACGUCUUUGAUUCUCUCAUCCUCACCGCUUCCAAAAUCCUCCACAAAGAGCGUAACUGCGUCCACAUCGACGAUCUCGGCUCUGAAUCCAACGUUGUUGUGGUUGGCGACCUUCACGGCCAGCUCCAUGACCUUCUCUUCCUGUUGAAAAAUGCUGGCUUUCCUUGUCAAAACCGGUUUUACGUUUUCAACGGUGACUACGUUGACCGUGGCGCUUGGGGUCUCGAGACCUUCCUCGUCCUCUUGUCUUGGAAGGUUUUGAUGCCGGAGAGAGUCUUUCUUCUCCGUGGUAACCACGAAUCGAAGUACUGUACAUCGUUGUACGGUUUCGAGAAGGAAGUGCUAACGAAAUAUGGAGAAAAAGGGAAACACGUGUACCGCAAGUGUUUGAUGUGCUUUGAAGGUCUUCCUCUGGCUUCCAUAAUCUCAGGACGUGUUUAUACAGCACACGGUGGGCUUUUCCGUAGCACGGUCUUGCCUAAGAGAACAAGGGGAGGGAAAAAGAACCGACGUAAGGUGCCUCUUCUAGAACCAGAACCGAGCUCGUUGAAACUCGGUAGUUUAGAAGAGCUGAAGCAAGCUCGGAGAUCAGUUCUUGAUCCUCCUUGGGAAGGGUCAAACUUGAUUCCGGGAGAUGUUUUGUGGUCUGAUCCUUCAAUGACUCCGGGACUUUCGCUUAAUGAAGUGAGAGGCAUUGGACUUCUUUGGGGUCCUGACUGUACAGACGAGUUUUUGAAGAAGUUUGAACUCAAAUUAAUCAUAAGAUCACAUGAAGGUCCAGAUGCUAGAGAGAAGAGAGUUGGUCUAGGUGGUAUGGACUUAGGAUAUACAAUAGAUCAUGAUGUCGAAUCUGGAAAGCUUAUCACUAUUUUCAGUGCUCCAGACUAUCCGCAAUUCCAGGCAACAAAAGACAGGUACAAAAACAAAGGAGCAUACGUUAUAUUGCAGCCUCCUGAUUUCUCUGAUCCUCAGUUUAGAAGUUUCGAAGCAGUUACUCCACGGCCAAAGGCAAAUCCGUAUUAUGAUUUUGAAAAUGUGAUUGAUUCUGAUGAUGAGCAUGAGAUGGACAAGUCAGCAAUGGACAACGACGCUGACGGAUCAUCUUGA